GUUUGUUCUUUCGCGCAGCCAUUACCAUUUUCCACCCUCUCCCUAAAAAACGCCACCACCGUCGCCAUGUCCGCGAUCACACGACUGAAAGCGGCCGCGCCAUCGCUGAAAUUCCUCGGACGCCCGCCGAACCGGCUUUUCGGAUCGGCGGCUGCGGUCCAGUGCUACAACUACGACGAUGACGAAGAAGAGUGCGCGCCACGUGGCAUGCUGGACGCGCAGGGUUGCACGCCGGAGCGCGGAGUGCAAUGGGUAAUGAUUGGAGAGCCUGGAGCCAAGAGGCACCUCUUUGCCCAGAGACUCUCGAAGCUUCUAGAAGUUCCUCACAUUUCCAUGGCCACGCUCCUCAGCCAGGACCUCAACCCUCGCUCCUCUCUCUACCAGCAAAUAGCGUAUGCCUUGGAUCAUGGAAAACUUGUGCCCGAGGAAAUUAUUUUUGGGCUGUUAACGAAGAGACUGGACGAUGGAUACUCGAGAGGUGAAAGUGGGUUUAUUCUUGAUGGAUUCCCUCGAACAAGGAUACAAGCUGAGAUUCUUGAUCACAUUGCUCGUGUUGAUCUAGUGGUGAAUUUCAAAUGUUCGAAAGAGGAUUUAGUGAAAAAGAAUUUAGGAACAGGAAAAUUUAAUUCUUGCCAAGAAUAUCUUUUUAUGACCAGCUCCGGCACCCCAACCAAGCAAUUGCAAGAUGAACAUGUCCAAAAUCAUUCAGAGGAGUGCAAGCUGUUGGAAGAUUACUACAGGAAGCAGAAGAAACUUCUUAAUUUUGAAGUGGAAGGUGCACCAGGAGAAACCUGGCAGGGUCUUCUGGCUGCGCUACAUCUCCAGCAUAUUAAUGCUCUUAGUUCUUCACAGAAGUUGACUGCCUGAGGGUCCAUCAAUCUUCUAUGGCAUCAAUCCAUUGUCGGCAUUCUAGUAUUUGUGAAUAUGAGAGCUACAACUUCAUGGAAAUUUUGUGUCGGUGUCUAAAUUGUUGAUUUUGUUUUUGAAAAUUUUGAUAAUACCAGUUUGUUCUGUAGUGCAACCGUCCAAAAAUGAAUACGAAAUGUAUGACCACAAAUCCUACUAGUGAGUCAGUGUUGUCUUCGUUUGUUGUUCAAUCGUGUCCCAACAUAGUCUCAUUUCUGGUUAAUUUUGCUUGGUCCCAGAAUCUGCUAAGGACACGUUGCAAAAAGCAUAUGAUGUAAAAGUUUAGUACUUACAAGCAUUCUUCUGCUAAGCUUCUGUCUCAUUUUUUGUUGAAUUCAUCUCUGUUUAUUUAACUACAGCCACUUAGUUUCUAGCGAAUUUGCAAUU